AUGGGUGAACCACAUACCAAAACUAAUAGGCUUAUUGAAAAACGUAUUGCCUCAUCUAAAGUUCCAACUAACAAACAAAAUGUCCCAACAAUAUCUAAAACCGGGCCCUCCGUUGUCAUAGCAGAUAACCUGACUAAUGAGCCUACAUCAUCUCAACACUCCGAUAGUGGCUACAACAGUGACGCAAUUAAAACCACCGAUAUAAAUAUUUCUAAUCACGAUUCCAUCAACAAGACCAACCAUAUACAGAGAAUGCAUAAUAUCAAUUCCUCGUCGCAUCAAAACACCAACAAUGAACCAGAAAAAUACGCUGUUGGAAAAAAAUCUUUCGCCGAAACCACUCUCGACUCUACGACUACCCAAAAAGUACACGCAAUAGUCUUUGAUUCAAUCGACAACAUAAACAUUGAAUACAUAAUUGCAAUUAGCAAAUUAACUCCACCAAAAAACAUAAAAUUUGCUUUGCGGAUAACCAACAACCAAUUCUGUAUAUAUCUCAAUGACAAAAACACGGUUGAUUUUCUUGUAGAUAACCAUCCCAACAUCAUAAUAAACUCACAUACGACGAUCAAAAUUAGACGGUUAACAAAUCCGGCUAAAAGAAUAAUCAUAUCUCAUGUCUCACCCGAUAUAUCAAACGAAUAUAUUAUAUCACACUUAGAACCCACAUAA